UUAAAAGCUGUGCAUUUAAAUGGAUACUGUCACACAGGAGAGAAGAAUCAUAGAAUUGAUUUUGUUGUGUUGCUUUCUAACUAACUGAAUGACUAAUGUGUGCUUACUCUGCUGAAAACUACAGUUAAGCUCAUCUUUUGGAGAGCCUCUUUAAAGAUUUUACACAAAGACAGAGUCAGAAAUGAAGUUGCCUUUAUUGAUUCUAGUAUUGGCCCUUUUCAUUCAGAAGAAUCAUUUGGCCACUGUUAACAGGAGUGACCAGGUGUUAAAUGUUCGUCCACGGACUGACGCUCAUGUUGACGUUAUAAAGAAUAUCACCUCCAUGCCAGAGGUUAUCCUGUGGAAACCGGACUCUUCUGAUCAUAUAGUAAAGAACAAUGAAGUCCAUUUCUAUGUCAAUGUGUCUGCAGUUGAUGAAGUGAAGACCCAGUUGGAUAAAUCUGGAUUUACCUACACGGUCCUUGUUGAAGAUGCACAAAGUCUAAUUGAACAGCAAACAUUCAAUGAUUCUGUUGGUCAACGCAGCAGUGGGUCCUAUUAUGAACAGUAUCACAGCCUAGAUGAUAUUUACUACUGGAUGGAGCAAAUGGCAGAGAAAAAUCCUGACAUGGUGGAGAAAUUUAACAUUGGAUUUUCAUUUGAGAACCGACCCCUUCAGGUGUUAAAGAUAUCGGGAAAAAAAGGAGAGGAAGAGGAAGCGAAAGGCACAAAAAUUGCAAUCUGGAUUGACUGCGGGAUACAUGCAAGGGAGUGGAUUUCCCCAGCAUUUUGCAUGUGGUUUGUAGGACACGCUGUAGGGUUCUAUGGGACUGAUAAAACCAUGACGAAGCUACUGAAAUAUAUUGAUUUUUAUGUUUUACCAGUAAUGAAUGUUGAUGGCUAUCACUACACAUGGACAACUAAUCGAAUGUGGAGAAAGAAUCGCUCCAAAUAUCAAAACAGCACCUGUAUUGGAACUGAUCUAAACCGGAACUUUGAUGCAGGGUGGUGUGGUCCAGGUGCGUCCAGUAACCCUUGCCAUGAUAUAUAUUGUGGACCUUUUCCAGAAUCGGAAGCUGAAGUGAAAGCGGUUGUAAACUUUAUAAAAAAUAACUUAGAUGUGCUUAAAGGGUAUAUAAGUAUUCACUCUUACUCUCAGAUGGUGCUUUUUCCAUAUUCCUAUACAAAGAAGAAAACCAAGGACCAUGAAGAACUGCAACAACUGGCAAACAGAGUGACUGAUGGCAUGAAGGCAACAUAUAGAAAUAAAUAUGCAUAUGGCACUGGAGCUGAAACUAUUUAUCUCGCACCAGGAGGCUCUGAUGACUGGGCUUACGAUAUUGGCAUCAAGUAUUCUUUUACCUUCGAACUCCGAGACAAAGGGACCUACGGUUUUUUACUUCCUAUGAGUCUAAUAAAGCCAACAUGUAGUGAAGCUUUAACUGGGAUCAAAAUCAUAGCAGGUCAUAUUGUCAAACAAAUAAAAUGACCAGCAACCUACCAGAUAUUUAUGCAUUUAUUGUACAACCGCAGCCACCUUGUAAAAUGGCGCCAUGCAAUUUUAAAUCAUUUUGAGUCACAAAUUGUGUUCUCUCCAUCUUUUUUAGUGACUGGCCUCGCAAAUGUUUACGCCUACAAUUUUGCAUAACUAACUUGGAUCCAAAUUAAUUAUUGUGUGAUUUGAUGAAGAAUAUUUUGCAAACAUUACAAUUUGCUAAUCUGUGAAUGCUUUGUCACCCCCCCCCCCAUUUGUACUUUAUUAACAAGAAAUGCUUUGUGUUAUACUUGUAUAUGUGACAUCAAAUGGUAUAAAAUCAUACAAUUAAACAAUAUAUAUCUUUUCAAAACAUA